AUGGCCACACACCGAGAUGCCCAGUUCCCAGGGAAACCCUACAUCGACCCGGCUCCUAUGCCAUCGAGCCAACCACACAUUGAGGAGCUUGGUGUCACCUCUGCACCGCUAAAGUCUGCCAGCUUCUUCAUCGGCGAACACUGCAAGGAUGUCAACGAGGACUUCAUGCUUUGCAAGAACGAGAACCGUGACCCUGCUCACUGCCUCAAGGAGGGUCGUCGAGUAACAAGAUGUGGACGAGAUCUGAUCAAGAAGCUAAGCGAUAACUGUGGAAAAGAGUGGGAGGCCCACUUCCAAUGCCUCGAGCAGCACAACCAGGAAUUCUACAGAUGCAGGAAGCCAGAAAAGACACUCAACCAGUGUGUCUUUGAGAAGCUUAAACUUGCAAAGAACAUCCCAGGAUCGCCAGAAGGACAGCCGCAGAUCCACGAAAAGAAGAACCCAGUGUGGGGCUGA